UUAUUAUAUAUUUUACUAUUAUAUAUUCUGUAAAAAAAACAAAUUUUUUUAUUCAUAUAUCGAUUAGUAGAUAUUACCUUUCUUUUUUAAUAUUUAUUUUAGUCAUUUGAUCAUCUGCUUAUUUUUUACGUCUCUCCUACUCUGUAUAUAUUUCAGGCGGGAUUAAGCGGACUUUUCGUACUUUAGAAAUACAGUAGUCCGCUUGUUUCUCUUUGAUAUAUUUUUGAAUAAUGAAUGAGUACAAUAUUCAUCUUCAUCCUUACCUGUAUACACUUUAUUCGGAGUGAAAACGAUAUAUUCUAAACUGUAGAUAAUCCAUUUUCUAUAGAACCUUAAUAUGUUGUAUCCUUUUUAAUAUUAAAGUACAUAUGAAUAAAAGUACAUUUGAAAUAAUAGUUCUUUUUAUUUAUUAACAACUAGUGUAAAGUGAUAUGACAAAAUAUUGGUUUUUAUGUUUUUCUUCUGUAUAAUAUUUGUUGAUAAUGACAAGAGAAAGAAAAAAAUGAAAUAUUAACGUCACACUUGUUUCUAUCGAAUUAUAAAAGUCUCACUAUUCGUUAUUAUUUGUGAGCAUAAAAUAAAAAUUAUUUUUCUAAUAUGAUAAAAAAAACUCAUAUUAAUGUUCUCGUGCUGAUUUUUUUGGUUAUGAUCAAUCAAAUAUCAGGUAAUCAUUAUUGUUUACAAAUGAUGUUUUGUAUUUAGAUUUUAUUUCAAACUUUGUUUCCAAAGCAACUUUACACCGAGUUGAGAUUUUGAGGAUGUGAAUUACGAGAAAACACGCCCAUUUUCAGUAUUUUGAAUAUUAAAUCUUUCCGAAAAUCAUAUAAUAUUUUUUCUUUAAGCAUCUUCAUUUAAUCAACCGAAGUUUUCUCCAACAGCCAUUUGGAACUCCAAUGGAAUUACCUAUGCUAAUCAAUCGAUUGUUGGUCUAUUUCCUCGCGCCGUUUUUGUGAGCAAAAACAACACAAUUUAUACCGUUAAUCAACAAAAUAACACAAUUCUCAUAUGGCAUCAAGAGGGUAUCAAUCCAACAAAGAUCAUUGAAGGUAAUUUUACAGAAUCCAGUUCGCUCUUCGUGACAUCGAAUGGUGAUAUUUAUAUUGAUGAUGGCAAGGAGAACGGUCAGGUACAGAGAUGGAUAGCGGAAACAAAUACCUUUGUUACAGUGAUGAAUGUCAACUCAUCAUGUGAUGGUUUAUUUGUCGAUAUGAAUGAUACUCUUUACUGUUCAAUGCCUGGUCAUCAUCUAGUACUGAAAACAUCAUUACAUGAUUCUGACAUAGCUUCAAAUUUUGUUGCUGCUGGAACAGGUAUUGAAGGAUCAGCUUCGAACCUACUCUCACAUCCUUUUGGAAUCUUUGUUGAUGUAAAUUUGGAUUUAUAUGUAGCAGAUUGUAUGAAUGAUCGAGUUCAGUUGUUUCAAUCAGGAGAAUUAAAUGGCAUCACAGUAGCUGGAAAUACAUCACGAAAUCCAACAAUUAUACUUAGCUGUCCAAGUGGAAUUAUAUUAGAUGCUGAGAAAUACUUAUUCAUUGUCGAUCAAUUUAAUGGUCGUAUUGUUGGUUCCGACUUGAAUGGUUUUCGAUGUUUAGUUGGAUGUCAUGGACAAGGAUCACGAUCUAAUCAAUUAUUAAAUCCGUUUAGUUUUAGUUUCGAUACUUAUGGAAACAUGUUUGCUACUGAUCAAUAUAAUCAUCGAAUUCAAAAGUUUUUAUUGAUGAAAGAUUCUUCUCCUCUUUCAUUCAAUCAACCAAAAUUUUGUUCAACAGCCACUUGGAAUUCCAAUGGAAUUAUCUUUGCUAGUCAAUCGAUUGUUGGUCUAUUUCCUCGCGACAUUUUUGUGAGCACAAACAACACAAUCUAUGUUGCUAAUCAAGAAAAUAAUACAAUUGUAAUGUGGGAAGAAGAGAGUGCCAAUCCAACAAUAAUCAUUUUUGGUAAUUUUACAAUACCUAUGUCUCUCUUCCUGACAUCAAAUGGUGAUAUUUAUAUCGAUGAUGGUCAAAAGAAUGGUCGAGUACAGAAAUGGAUAGCAGAAACAAAUACCUUUGUUACAGUGAUGAAUGUCAGCUCAUUAUGUUCUGAUUUGUUUGUCGAUGUCGAUGAUACUCUUUAUUGUUCAAUGUCUCAGCAUCAUCAAGUACUGAAAAGAUCAUUGAAUGAUUCUGACAUAGCUUCAAAUUUUGUUGCUGCUGGAACAGUUAAUUCUGGAUCAGCCUCAAAUCAACUUUAUUAUCCUCGUGGAAUUUUCGUCGAUGUGAAUCUGGAUUUAUAUGUGGCAGAUUGUUACAAUGAUCGUGUUCAACUGUUUCAGUCGGGAGAAUCAAAUGGCAUUACAAUAGCUGGAAGUACAUCACGAAAUCCAACAAUUACACUUAGUUUUCCAAGUGGAAUUAUAUUAGAUGCUGACAAAUAUUUAUUCAUUGUGGAUAGUUUCAAUAAUCGUAUUGUUGGUUCCGACUUGAAUGGUUUUCGAUGUUUAGUUGGAUGUAAUGGAGGGGGUACACAAUCCAAUCAAUUGUAUAAUCCAUUUAGUUUUAGUUUCGAUCGUUCUGGAAAUAUAUAUGUUGCUGAUUCAUUAAACAAUCGUAUUCAAAAAUUUUUUUUCCUAAACAGUUCUUGUGAUAUUUCAUCAACAUCAACAUCAACAACAACAACAACAACAACUGUUUCAUCUAUAUCUACAUCAACAACAACUACAUUCACAACAACAACUAAAUCAUCAUAUGCUUGUAUGAAUUAUCGUCCUACAUGGAUGUUAAUUAUUACUUGUUCAAUUAUUCAUCUAAUGAAAAAACUAAUCUAA